AUGAAGCUCUUGACGCUGUUCAACGCGGAUGGCGUUGGCUGUGUCGUGGAGGCGUCGGAUAUCAUCACCAUCGCUGACGGACAAUGUGUCACCGACGCCAUCGUAGACUUCCACAAUGUGUGGGUGGACCCCGGUUCACACUACUCGCUGAUGAUCGUGCCGUCCCCAAAGAGACUGCUGCGUGCCACGUCGGAGGAUGACACGGCGCCUCUGGAGCUGAUUCUUCUCGACAGUUAUGGCACGCAUCGUGAUGACCCGUCUGUGUUUGAUGGCGUCAAACUGUUCCUGGAACUCACCGCCAAGGACCUACACCCUGAGUGUGACGCGACCACUCUUGUGACCGCGCUGAGGGACGCUAAACCAGUUCCCAUGAAGGUCCUUGUGGAUACUGAUUUCAAGACACUGCGCUCGUAUCUGUACUUGGAGGGCGUCAGUGCGCUAGAGAUGCGGCGGGCCAUGCGGGGAGACCUAUGCAUGCAUGCGACUGAUGACCUUGUACCGGCGCUUGUGAAACUGGGGGUGGUCGUCCCGAAGCAACCCGCGCCCAGGGUUGCUAAGCAUGGAGCCGUUGUCGAUUCAGGAGGGGAGGACGGCAACACAAAGCUGACACGGAUGCAGGUGGAGCACUACGGCAUGAAGAGGGACCUGGUGAUCUGGAAAGCAGCCGUCACGGCCGUCGGAGCUGCUAUGGGCUACAGUGUCGACCAGCUCCUUGCUGGAGCUGCCCACGUCUUGCAGGCGCAAGAUUCUGAAGGGGAAGCGGCGACACCUGGCUGCAGCCGAUCCACCGCACCCUCCACCCCCAACCCCCGUGCAGGUGCGCGGCCAAGCGUUACAGACAGCCCCAGUUCCAAAGGCGAUCCGCAUGCGAGUGUUGCCCAGUGCGGUGCCGGAUUAGCCAAAGUCGAGCUUGGGGUGGUUCAUCCGAGUCCCUGCGUGCUGCCCGUGCUGGCCACGCCUAUCUGGUCACUGAAAGGCACACCGGGAAGUGUGCCCAUCACGCACCAGGCAAAGCCUUCGGUCGUUCAUGCAGGUGGGACAAGGCCAGUGGUGUUGGCUAUGCCGGCAAAGAGGAAACGCGACGCCACGCCUCCGUCGGGGAGCGAUGUUGAGGGUGACGUGCAGAGCGCGGAUGUGGUUGACCUGCUGCCUGGCCCCAUCUGGCACAUCAUCUUCCGCCACCUACUGGCACAUCAUUCUCCGGAAAAGCAGGGUGAUUCCUCGGGUGCAUCGCAGCAGGAAGCACGCAGCACCUCGAACGCCACAGCCCUUCCAUUUCCUGCCAUCACGGACCAGCAUGCGAAGGCAUUGAGGCGCUUCGGCCCCUCCUGGCCUCUGCUGCGCUACGCCGUGGCCAGCAAGAGGCUCCUCCUCCAUGCCAUCUCCUUCUCCGUGAGUCAUCUCAUCAUGAUGCGCUUCUUCCCUUCCCUCAUUCCACCGUACAACUUUCUUUUAUACAACUCAUCUCAGAAAAUGGUAAAUUCUGCUCUCUGA